AUCACCAUGAAGCUAAUUGGAAAAGUUCUCGAGAAAGAUGCUUCUGGUCAAGUAACCCUGUAUCCCGAAGAGCUUGAAGACAUGUGGCAUGUUUACAACCUAAUUUCAAAAGGAGACAUGAUCAAGGCCACCACAAUUCGCCGGCUCCAGGCAGAAACAAGUACUGGAUCUACAUCAAGCCAGCGUAUCAGACUCGUCCUUACUAUCACUGUUGAAACAGUCGAUUUCGAUCCACAAGCUGGUCUAUUGAGAAUUAAUGGUCGGGUGGCUAGCGAAAGUCCCCAUGUCAAAAUGGGCAGCUAUCACACUAUUGACCUAGAGCUCAAUCGCAACUUUACAUUGUUUAAGCCAGAAUGGGACACUAUUUCUCUGGAGCGAGUAGAAGAUGCCUGUGAUGUAACAAAACAGGCUGAUGUAGCUGCAGUUGUGUGUCAAGAAGGUCUGGCGAAUGUAUGCUUCCUGACACAACACAUGACUAUUGUUAGACAGCGGAUAGAAGCACCAAUUCCAAGAAAGAGAAAGGGAUCUGUGGCAAAUUAUGAAAAGGGAUUGCAAAAGUUUUAUGAUCAGAUUUAUCAAGCUAUUCUGAGACAUGUUCAUUUUGAUAUUGUCAAAGCAAUUAUCAUCGCCAGCCCUGGAUUUGUAAAAGACCAAUUCUACACGUACAUGAUGGAUCAGGCCGUGAAAACAGAUAACAAGACCAUCAUGGAAAACAAAUCCAAAUUCAUCUUGAUCCAUUGUUCUUCCGGGCACAAACAUGCGCUGAAUGAGGUCAUGCAGGAUCCAUCUAUACAAGCACGACUCGCCGAUACAAAGGCUGCUCGUGAAGUCCAGGCAUUGGAUAAGUUUUAUCAAAUGCUUAACAACGACCCCGACCGUGCGUUUUAUGGAUUUUCGCAUGUACUCAAAGCCAAUGAAAGAGGCGCAAUUGGUACUUUGCUUGUAACAGAUGAACUAUUCAGAUCUGCGGAUGUUGAGACGCGUCGUAAAUACAUUGAUUUGGUGGAGCAAGUGCGUGCAAUGGGUGGCUCUGUUUAUGUAUUCUCUAGUUUGCAUGUUUCUGGUGAACAAUUGAAUCAACUCUCAGGUGUAGCUGCAAUCUUGAAUUUCCCAUUACCAGAUAUUGAAGACGAAGAAGAAGAAGAAGAACGAUUAGCUUCAGAAACAUAAUCGCUGAUCUAAUUAUCUUUCUCUCCCUCUCCAUACUCCUUUUUCCUUCUAAACUUAAUAGUUAAUAUUAGAUGUUAUUAAAUACGUGGACUGAUUAUUUUAGUUCUUUAUUUACUUUGCUACAUAUUGUAUACCAUUUAAAAACAGCAAUAAUUUAAAGCACUGAAGACACUUCCUUGAUAGAAACAGAAGAAUUUUUAUCAAGAGAAUCGCUUGUAGAUAAAUAUACACAAUAAUUUACCUUUU